AUGUCGGACUCAAAGAAUGACAAGGCGUAUAAAUAUCGCCAGGAGAUCAGUCAGGAUGGCAACAGCGAGGUCGAGGGACCUGAGGAGAAACACAAGCCCCUGCGCCCCUCCAGAGCAGCCAAAGCAGUUUCCGAACGCGUUCAACGCGAACCCUAUGAGCUGUUUCAGAGUGCCUUCGACCAAGCGGUCGGCGUUAUUCAUCCAUCUGGUUUCAAAUCCAUCUCUGAUAUCCCCGUCACCAAUGAAGAGCGAGCCGAGCUUCAGAAGCCCAAGCCCAGGCUUCGUCGAGCUCCCAAACAUCGUCCUUUGGCCCCGCUCAAGGAGGGCGAGAAGCGACUUUGUGGAAUUCAUGAGCGAAUCGCUAACGUUUUCCGAAAGAUGAUGUACGUCUCUGGCGAGACUGCAGAGCCGUCUGUCGAAACUACGAGUAUGAUCGAAGAUAUUGUUCGUCAGCAGGUUAUUGAGCUGCUCAGAAACUGCACAGACCUCGCUGCUCGUCGUGGUUCUCGAUCAAUCACUAUCAAUGACUUGAUUUUCCAGAUCCGCCACGACCAAGCCAAGGUCUCCCGCCUCCGGACCUUCCUCUCGUGGAAGGAUGUUCGAAAAAAUGUUAAGGAUUCCGACGACAAGGGAGGUGAGGCGGAUCUCGGUGCCGGCGAAGACCCUGCUGGCGGAGUGAUGCCUGGUGGCCCCGUCGAUGAUGCUGCAAAGAAGAACAAGAAGGCCAAGGUCGGCCUUCCCUGGGAGCCGUCCUCAUUCUACAGUCAAGAGGUCCCCGAGCGUGACGAUGAGGAGGAUGAAGAGGAGGAGGAGAUGAACUUCAUCACCCUUCAGCGCCUUCGAAAGGCUGAUGAGCGUACCAAGGCCAUGACCAAGGAGGAGUACGUCACCUGGUCCGAAUACCGCCAGGCCUCCUUCACCUAUCGCAAGGGCAAGCGCUUCCGCGAGUGGGCUGGUUUUGGAAUUGUCACCGACAGCAAGCCUUCUGACGAUAUUGUGGACAUUCUCGGUUUCCUGACGUUCGAGAUGGUCCAGACCCUCACCGAGCACGCCCUCAAGGUUAAGGAGCAGGAGGACUUGUUCAAGGCACUCAACGGAGGCGACAAUGCCGGCUCGAAGAAGCGAAAGGUCGCGACUGGUCUCUUCGAUCCCCCUAGUGAGGGUAGAUCCCCGAUCGAACCGCGCCAUGUUCAGGAGGCUUUCAGACGUCUCCAGCAGCGCCCCAAGAAGACCAGAGCUAUGCUCAAUGGCUCGAGACUGCCCCAGCACACGGCUCUCAACAUCUUCUGA